AUUUUGCUGGGCACUUUGUAUAAAUCAUCGCAUCGAGCUCAAGCCGCAGCCCUAUCUCAAAUUUACUCCGAUUUUGAGGUCUCGCCGGUCUCCAAUCUCUCAAAGCUUGGUUUCCCCUCUAUUCUCUCUGUCCGUAGCGUUGCUAACCUGUUUCCUUUGCAGACUUUCCCCCUCAACACCCCUUCCAAACCCUAACCCUAAAACCCCCCCUUCCUCACCCACAGCAGCUUCACAGACCAUGGGAGAAACAAGGGACAACGAUGCCUAUGAGGAGGAGCUUAUCGAUUACGAGGAGGAUGAGGAGAAAGCCCCUGAUUCCGUCGCUGCCAAAGUCAACGGCGAAGCUGCCAAGAAGGGAUACGUUGGAAUACACAGUUCCGGAUUCAGAGACUUCCUUUUGAAGCCAGAGCUCCUUCGGGCAAUUGUGGAUUCUGGUUUUGAGCAUCCUUCCGAAGGCAAGACUUUCUUUUUACCGAGUUAUAUUUGUUUGGGACCUCUUCAACAUGAAUGUAUUCCCCAAGCCAUCUUGGGUAUGGAUGUUAUCUGUCAAGCCAAAUCCGGAAUGGGCAAGACUGCUGUUUUUGUUCUGUCUACUCUACAACAAAUUGAGCCAACUUCCGGUCAAGUCAUUGCCCUUGUUCUGUGUCAUACAAGAGAGCUGGCUUACCAGAUCUGCCACGAGUUUGAGAGGUUCAGUACCUACUUGCCUGAUACCAAGGUUGCAGUCUUUUAUGGUGGUGUCAACAUCAAGACUCACAAGGAUCUUCUGAAAAAUGAAUGCCCUCACAUUGUUGUCGGAACCCCUGGUAGAAUACUGGCUUUGGCUAGAGAGAAGGAUCUUUCCUUGAAGAAUGUCCGACAUUUCAUUCUGGAUGAAUGUGACAAGAUGCUUGAAUCACUUGAUAUGAGGAGAGAUGUGCAGGAGAUCUUCAAGAUGACCCCUCAUGACAAGCAAGUCAUGAUGUUCUCUGCCACUCUGAGCAAAGAAAUCCGCCCAGUAUGCAAGAAGUUCAUGCAAGAUGUAAUGUCCUAUGGCCAGUUCUACUUGAAUUUAGCAGCCUUGAGGAACAACCCUAACGUGAUUUACUGUAAAAUUUGUUCCUUUCAGCCAAUGGAAAUUUAUGUCGACGAUGAAGCCAAAUUGACCCUUCAUGGUCUAGUACAGCACUACAUCAAAUUGACUGAGCUGGAGAAGAACCGUAAGCUGAAUGACCUUCUGGAUGCCUUGGAUUUUAAUCAAGUUGUUAUCUUUGUCAAAAGUGUGAGCCGUGCCGCUGAGCUGAACAAGUUGCUGGUGGAGUGUAAUUUCCCUUCAAUUUGCAUCCACUCUGGAAUGUCUCAGGAGGAAAGGUUGACUCGAUACAAGGGAUUCAAGGAGGGUCAUAAGAGGAUUCUUGUUGCCACAGAUUUGGUUGGUAGAGGAAUAGACAUUGAAAGGGUCAACAUCGUCAUAAACUAUGACAUGCCUGAUUCAGCGGACACCUAUCUUCACAGGGUUGGACGAGCUGGUAGGUUUGGUACAAAGGGUCUUGCAAUAACAUUUGUCUCUUCAGCUUCCGACUCGGAUGUUCUCAAUCAGGUGAGUGACUUGAAGUUUUCUAUCAUGCUCAAUCCAUUGCUGCAGCCCACUCAUUUCUGUUCUCGUGAUUACUCCUUUGUGCAGGUUCAGGAAAGGUUUGAGGUGGACAUUAAAGAACUUCCUGAACAAAUUGAUACAUCCACAUACAUGCCGUCGUGAUUGGAAAAGCUUGUACUUGGAAGCGAUUGAUUUUGAAGGAAGGCCUAACCGCGCAACUGGGAUGGUGUGUUUCCUUUUGGGAGCUGGAAAUGUGAUUGUACUAUGUAGCUUGUUGCUUUGUUGUUUUCAUCUCGUUGGCCUAAAGAACGGAGUAGUGAGAAGUGGAUGUUGGUUCUAUCGUUUAUGAGUGUAGGGGGUGAUGAAACUUUAUUAGUAGUUGUAGCUCUUCACCUAUCAUUUCGGAAAUUUUCGGCCUAUCAAGUAUCAGUCUGUGAGUUGUGUACUAAAUUUAGAUAAUGAGGUUAUACAUUAGUUGAUUUUCAAUGCGUGUUAGUUUGCACUAUUGGUAAGAAUGUGUUUUGAGAAUUCAUUUUCGUUGCAUUUUUGUAAGCAAUUUUGUGCGU